AUGCCCACCCCGCCCGACCCUGCAAAACGCCUGCCCAAGAUGAAGAAACAACAGCCCCAGAAGGACAUUGAGGACUUCUGGAACAAGUUCACCACCGACCACCCGGGCAAGAUCUUUACCAUCCUGCCCGACAACCUCUACGCCAAGCGCGCCGCCGCACAUGCCGCACAUCGCCGGAAAGACGCCUCGCCCGUGCAGAAUGCCCAGGCCUCCUACGACGAGGCCGUGGCAGCCUGCGAGGAGAAGGUGGCCAAGAUUGUGCGCGAGUGCCGUCGCAUCAACCAAAAGUACCGCGAUCCGCACUUCGACAUUGAAUCCGACUUUUGCCGAUCGCAGCAGACGGGCGUGCCGUCCGACUGCCUGACCAGCCUCGACGGUUUGGGCACGGACUUGAAGCCCAUGUCAGUCAAGAGGAUCGAGGACAUUUUCGACGACCCACAUUUUUUCAUCGAGGGCGCUACCGCAAACGACGUCCGCCAAGGCAACGAUGGCGACUGCUGGCUCAUGUCAGCUUUGUGCACCUUGAGCAACAAGAAGGACUUGAUCGACAAGGUGUGCGUGGCACGCGACGAACAAGUCGGCGUUUACGGCUUCGUCUUCCACAGAGACGGCGAAUGGAUCUCCGAGGUUAUCGACGACAAACUCUACCUGAUCAAGGAAGACUUCCACGACUCGGUUCGCGAUCGUCCCCAGUGGCUCGAACUGCAGAACCGCAAGAGCCCCGAAGAAGAGUAUCGCGCCGUCUUCCAGACUGGAUCGAGAUCGCUAUACUUUGCACAGUGCAGCGAUCCGAACGAGACAUGGUUACCCCUGCUGGAGAAGGCCUACGCCAAGGCACAUGGCGACUAUUCCGCCAUCGACGGCGGCUUUGUAGGUGAGGGUAUCGAAGACCUGACCGGCGGUGUUACGACCGAGGUGUUUUCCACCGACAUAUUAGACAAGGAGAAGUUUUGGAAAGAGGAGCUCAUGAAAGUAAAUGAAGAGUUCCUCUUCGGAUGUGGCCAGAUGGGCGGCAGCUACGGUGAGAGGAGAGGCAUUCAAGAGAAGCAUGCCUACUCCAUCAUGGCUGCUGUCGACAUUGACGGCCAGAGGCUACUGAAGCUCAGGAACCCAUGGGGCAAGACUGAAUGGCGUGGAGCCUGGAGUGACGGCGCCGAAGAGUGGACCCCCGAAUGGAUGCAGAAGCUGAACCACAAGUUCGGUGACGACGGUGUCUUCUGGAUCUCUUACAAAGACCUGCUGCGGAACUACCAACACUUUGACCGCACGCGGUUAUUCGGUCCCGAAUGGACCGUCACCCAGCAAUGGACCAGCCUAAACGUCCCAUGGUCUGUUGACUACCUCGACACCAAGUUCAGCAUCACUCUCCACAAGUCCAGUCCUGUUGUCAUCGUCCUCGCCCAACUUGAUGACCGCUACUUCCAGGGCCUUGAGGGCAAAUACGAAUUCCACCUCCAGUUCCGCGUCCACCGCGGCGACGAGGAGGAAUACAUUGUCCGCAGUAACGGCCCCUACUACAUGAAGCGGUCCGUCAGCACCGAGCUCUUCCUCGAGGCUGGCACAUACACCGUGCUCAUGAAGAUCACCGCUAAGCGGUACGAGAGGCCAACGCCCAUGGACAUUGUCCGCGGCAACUGCCUCCAACGUCGGGAGAAGCUUCUUUCUGUCGGGCUCAGCUACGACCUUGCACAUGCAAAGGGUCAGUUUAAGCAGCUUGACAAAGAGAAGAAGGCCCGCGAAAAGAGGGAGAGGAAGGAGCGCAGGAAGAGAAACCACGAAAAGGAGCGCAACCGCAGGAGGAAGCUCAGAGCCAAGGAGAAGAAGCGCGAAGAAAAGCGCCAGAGGAAGCACUCUGACGUCGGCGGCAUGGCCUUCAACGAUGUUCUGGUGCAGAAGGUCGCAGACCUUAAGAUCCAGCAGGAUGAGAGCCAGAACCCUCUUGGCAUCGACCUCUCCGAUGUUGAGGAGAGACAACCUCGGUCUCAUCACCGCGCUCGCUCCUCUACUUCUCCCAACCACAUGCACAUCGAUGCCGUGCACAACGCUAUGGACCAGAGCUCUGGUGGUUUCCGCGGUCGCGGUGGCUAUAACGGCCGUGGCGGAUACAACGAGGGCCGUGGUGGUUACAACGAGGGCUCCGAGCUUCCCAACAUUGUGUCUCAAACCGAGGACGGCAAGGCCGUGAACCCCUCUGCCCUGACCCACCACAUGUCGCCGUCUCUGACCUUCGAGGCUCCCACUCCCAUCGAGCCAUUGGCUGGCAACGGCGGCUUCGGCGGCCGUGGCGGGUACAAUGGCCGUGGUGGGUACAACGAAGGCCGUGGCGGCUACAACGAGGGUCGUGGCGGUUACAACGACGGCCGCGGUGGUUACAAUGAUGGGACCGACUCGGUCUCGGAGGCUCCUAUCCGCACUCCUUCCAGGUCUCGCGGCACUUCCGACGCCGGUGCCGGCUACAACAGGCGCCCGGUCGAAGAGGUUCCGCUCGAGGGCCUCGCCUCGCCUUCUCAGGGCUUCACUGGCCGUGGUGGCUACAACGGGCGCGGCGGCUACAAUGAGGUUGCCGAGCCGGUGCCUGAGUCCAUAUCGCGCCCGGGCACGCCUGGUCACCGGGCUGCGUCCCCUACUCCCUCGCACGGCUACACCGGCCGCGGUGGCUACAACGGUCGGGGUGGCUACAACGAGGUUGCUGAGCCUGUUGUCGAGCAGACCUCUACGUCCGCUCAGCGCGCUCGUUCGCCCUCUAAUGGCUUUACUGGCCGCGGUGGCUACAAUGGCCGCGGUGGCUACAACGAAGUCGCCGAGCCUGUUGCCGAGCACGCCGCAACUUCUGUCCAGCGCGCUCGUUCGCCGUCCAACGGUUUCACCGGUCGCGGCGGCUACAACGGCCGUGGUGGAUACAACGAAGCAGCGGAACCUAUCCCGCAGGCAUCCUCGGUCCCGGGCACGCCUCCUCUUCCCGAGGGACGUGUGCCGUCGCCGCACGCCUCGCCCAAGCCCGGCUUCACGGGCCGUGGCGGGUACAACGGGCGCGGAGGGUACAACGAGGGCCGCGGCGGGUACAACGAAGGCAGCGACAGCCGCAACGCCUCUCCGGCGCCGGCUCAGCGCCGCGGAACGUCGCCGGCACCAAUGCCGCGCGUCCACCGCCGCGACACGCUGUCCCCGCACCCGCCGCAGCACUCGCGGCACAACUCGCAGCCGAACGCGCAGACAAUGGCGACGCACCGCCUGUCACGCGCCAGCUCAAUCGCGGGCUCGCACGUCGGCGACCUCAGCGACUCUGAUAUCAGCUGGGACUCUGAGCUCGACGACUGGUCGUCUUCAGAUGAAGACGAGGCCGGCCCCGCAGGUGGCGAGGGCAUCUCGGCACUGGAGCGCCUCAACGCGCUCCGCCCCGGCAGCGGCGGGCCAGCAGGCGGCAACGGGCCGUGCGCGCUGAUGGGCUGUCUUGGGGGCGAAGAGGGCGGCGACCAAGACGACGAGUUUGAGCGCGACCCCUGGAACGCGGUGUGCGUUGUUGGGCUGCGCGUGUACAGCAAGGACGCGGAUGUCGCGAUCAAGGUGGUGCGGCCUAAGGGCGAGGAACUUCGGAAGGGCAAGGGCCUCGAUCGCUCCCUCGAUGUCGAUGAUAGUGCUAAGGAUGCUACCAUGGGGAUUCAGCUUGCUGGGUCGGAGGUCGAUCUUAGGGAGGUUAUGGAGGUGGGGUCGGCGCCUGCUUGGCGGGAGAGGGCGAGGCAGGGUUAG